AUGGAUACCAGCACGCGAAAAUUCACAGUGCGGAGAUGGUUCUCCAUCUACCUGAAGAACAAGGCGGCGAGGAGCAAGAACAACACCGGCUUCUGCCAGCUGGAGGAUGACAGCAUACUGAAGGAGAUUGACAUCAGCCACCAUGUUAAGGAGGGCUCUGAGAAAGCAGACCCUUCUCAGUUCCAGCUGCUCAAAGUGCUGGGACAGGGCUCCUAUGGAAAGGUGUUUCUGGUGAGAAAGAUCCGAGGGGUGGACAGAGGCCAGCUGUAUGCCAUGAAGGUCCUGAAGAAAGCAACGCUGAAAGUCCGGGAUCGUGUGCGGUCUAAAAUGGAGAGAGACAUUCUGGCAGAAGUGAACCAUCCAUUUAUAGUGAAACUGCACUACGCCUUCCAGACAGAAGGGAAGCUCUAUCUGAUCCUGGACUUCCUGCGAGGAGGAGACCUUUUCACUCGUCUGUCGAAGGAGGUCAUGUUUACAGAAGACGAUGUGAAGUUCUACCUUGCAGAGUUGGCCCUGGCCUUGGACCAUCUACACAGUCUGGGCAUCAUCUACAGGGACCUCAAACCUGAGAAUAUUCUGCUGGAUGAAGAAGGAAAUAUUAAGAUAACGGACUUUGGAUUGAGUAAGGAAGCCAUCGACCAUGAUAAAAGAGCAUAUUCCUUCUGUGGAACAAUAGAGUACAUGGCUCCAGAGGUUGUUAACAGGAGGGGACACACGCAAAGUGCUGACUGGUGGUCAUUUGGGGUGCUCAUGUUUGAGAUGUUGACAGGAUCGUUACCAUUCCAGGGAAAAGAUCGAAAGGAAACAAUGGCGUUUAUUCUGAAGGCGAAGCUGGGAAUGCCUCAGUUCCUCAGUCCUGAGGUGCAGAGUUUAUUAAGGGCGCUCUUCAAGAGGAACCCUGCUAAUCGACUAGGUGCGGGACCAGAUGGAGUGGAAGAAAUAAAAAGACAUCGCUUCUUUGCGUCAAUAGACUGGAUUAAGUUGUUCAAGAGGGAAUUGAGGCCUCCUUUCAAACCAACUGUCGGGAGACCUGAAGACACUUUUCAUUUUGAUCCCGAGUUCACCUCCAGAACACCAACUGAUUCUCCGGGCAUCGCUCCCAGUGGGAACACACACCAGCUCUUUCGUGGUUUCAGCUUUGUGGCAACGAAUCCGAAUCAGGAGGCCAGUGUCGCUCCAGUGGCGACUUCUCGUCAGGAGGUGACCAACAUGGACCCCAUCGCAAAGCAUCUCCGAGGUGACAUAGCGUUCAGUGAGGUUUACGAGCUGAAGGAAGAAGUCGGACAGACCGCGACCUCUGUCAGCAAGAGGUGUCUGCACAGAGUUACUGCUGUGGAGUAUUCAGUGAAGAUAAUUGAAAGAGCGAGGAAAGAUCCAUCAGAGGAGAUUGAGAUUCUGUUGAGAUAUGGACAGCAUCCAAAUAUUAUCACCCUGAAGGAUGUGUUUGAUGAUGGUCAGACUGUUUUCCUGGUCCAGGAUUUACUGAGAGGCAAAGAGCUGCUGGACAGGGUUCUGACGGUGCCAAGUUUCACAGAGAGAGAUGCAUCAGACAUCGUCUGCACGCUGGCCAAGACUGUGGAAUACUUACACUCACUGGGGGUGGUGCAUCGAGACCUGAAGCCCAGUAACAUCCGAUACUCCGACGACACUGGACGUCCAGAAUGCAUCAGGAUUUGUGACUUGGGAUUCGCCAAACAGCUUCGAGCUGAAAACGGCUUGUUGAUGACGCCGUGUUACACAGCUACGUUCAUGGCUCCUGAGGUUCUGAAGAAACAGGGUUAUGAUGCAGCCUGUGACAUCUGGAGUAUGGGGAUCCUGCUCUACACCAUGAUAGCUGGGUUCAGCCCGUUUGCCAGCAGCCCUGAGGACACAGCCGAGGAGAUUCUGGCUCAGAUCGGCAGCGGGAGAGUCACCAUCACAGGAGGGAACUGGGACCUGGUGUCAGAUGCUGCCAAGGACAUUGUGAUUAAGAUGCUCCAUGUGGAUCCUCACCAGCGCCUGACUGCUCCCCAGGUUCUCCGUCACCCGUGGGUUGUAGAGAGAGACCAGCUCUGUGACAGGGCUCUCACCAGACAAGAUGCAGUCACCGUCAAGGGGGCGCUGUCGGCCACCUACUCUGCUCUGAAACGCUGCACUCCCACUCCCGUCCUGGAGCCUGUCGAGGCCUCCAGCCUGGCCCAGAGGAGGGUGAUGAGGAAACUGGGGAGUCCGGAAGUUAGUUCAGACCCCAAAGACAAGGAGUAA